AGUUGGCGCCCUCCCCCUCCCCAUCAGCCCCUUCCUCUGGCACCACAUGACAUCCCCCCUUCCCCCCCUUCAGGCGUACACAGUGGAGCUGGAGGCGGAGGUGGCGCAGCUGAAGGAGGAGAACGAACAGCUGCGCGCCCCCACCCCACCAGGCGCGUACACAGUGGAGCUGGAGGCGGAGGUGGCGCAGCUGAAGGAAAAGAACGAGCAGCUGCGCGCCCAGCCCUUCCCCUCUCCUCUCCUCACCCCCUCAGGCGCGUACACAGUAGAGUUAGAGGCGGAGGUGGCACAGUUGAAGGAAGAAAACGAACAGCUGCGCUCCCAGCUGCUGCAGCUGCAGUCCCACACCCACGCGCACCCCAGCAUGCCAGCAGCCAUGCCUACUUCUCUAUCUGCAGCAGCACAAAUAGCAGUGCCAGCAACGGCAGCAGCAGCAGCAGCAGCAGCGGCGGCAGCAGCGGCGGCAGCAGCGGUGGCAGCAGGCACGCCACUCAGUCUCCUACCACCAGCAGCAGCCGGACCGUCCAAUCUCCCGGCAAACCCCCUCUCAACCGCUUCACACCUGCACACAACAUCUCACCCUCACACUCCUUUGCCGGGUGCAGCAGCAGCAGCAGCGGGUGGGAAGGGUGGUGCUGGCAGCAAGGCACUGCAACGGUCCAGGGCUGGCCUCCAUGUACCUCUCCCACCCCACCGCAGUCGCCUGCCCUUUCCACCACACCGCACGCACCUGCCCCUUUCCCCACACCGCGCGCACCCGCCCUUCCCCCCACACCGCAUUCACCUGCAGAACUUCUUUGAUACUGAUAGUUUCCCCGACCCCGUCUCGCCGCACAUAGCACUGCUGCUCCCCGCGGCCUCCAUCCCUGCGCCCUCCCUCGCCACCACUGGCAGCUGCUGUGCUUGCUUGCCCUCGCCACCACUGGCAGCCCUGCCUGCUGUGCUUCUAUCUCCGCGCAACGCUGCACCCACAGUUUGCCCCGUCUCGCCGCCUCCCCUCUCAGUUCCGCCUCUCUGCCACUUCCCUUCUCUGCAGAGCCUGCAGGCUUUCGCAGCAGCAGCGCCUGCGGGGGCGGAUUGGGUAGCCAGGAAGGGGGAGGAGGGGUAA